AUGAAGAUCGCCACUCUUCAGUACGAUCCUCGGAUCGGCCAGGUUGCGGCCAACUUCAGCAAAGCGGAAAGCCUAUUGAUGAGGGAAGAGCGAGCAGGUGCUUUGCAAGGAAUCGACCUACUCGUGCUGCCUGAGAUGGCAUUUACAGGCUAUAAUCAUCCUUCAUUGGCAGCCAUCGCACCAUACCUGGAACCAACAGCAGCAGGACCAUCGACAAGAUGGGCGACGCGGACAGCUGUCCGACUAAAAUGCACAGUGUGUGUCGGAUACCCAGAAGCCGCAGAGGAAGGCAACUACAACACUGCAUUCGACGAGAAGAUCACAGCACACGAAGAUGCCAUCGCCUACAACUCUUUAGUGAUAGUUGAUGCAACGGGGGAAGUAGUGGGGCACUAUCGAAAGUCCUUCCUCUAUUACACCGACGAGACCUGGGCCAAGGAAGGACAGGGGUUCUUUGCUGGAGUCAUUCCGAUGGGUUCACAUGGAGCUCGAGUGAAAGCCGUUGCAGGAAUCUGCAUGGAUAUCAACCCGUACAAGUUUGAAGCACCCUGGACUGCGUUCGAAUUCGCGAAUCACGCGCGAGAGUCACGGGCCAAACUUGUCAUAGUCAGCAUGAACUGGUUGACGCACAUGACUAAUGCAGAACUGACAGAGCAGGCGAAGAUGCCUGAUACGAAUACCUUGGGAUACUGGGUUGAACGUUUUCGUCCACUGAUGGAUGCUGCAACGGAAGGCGAAGAAGAUGUUAUCAUUGUCUGCAGUAACAGGACAGGAAUGGAGGGAACCUGUCCACGAAUAGGAGAGGUCAAGUAUGCAGGCAGCAGCUGCGUGUUUUCGAUGAGACAAGGCCAAGCAGUCAAAAUCUGGGACAUUCUGGGGCGAUCGCAAGAGGGUGUGCUAGUCAUUGACACCAAGGACCCUGCAAGAUUCGAACUGACUUUUCGAGAGAAGGCUUCGCAGUCCACUGCGCCUCAGGAUCAAGUAGUGCCAGGGUGA